UUAUAGAAGAGAAAAAUGACCUUAAAUUGAUAUCUUUCAAUAUCACUACGGAGUACGAAGUAUAUUACAGAAUUACUAAACUAUAUGUAGUGUGAGGGUGGGUAAAAUACAAAUACAGAGAGAACAACAUGGGAGACCCUGGCAGCUUACCUUAAAUCUAUAUAAACACCUACUGCUUCCACAUUUUAAGGAUCAACCCAAUUCUCUCUCGCUCUCUCCCUCCCUCUCCUCUCUCUGGAUAUAUAUCUCGGCGAAAAUGAUCCUUGAGAUCGCAAAUAAUAAGAAUAAGAACCCCUGGCUGGUAGGCAGUGGUGAUACGAAGCCACGGCUGAAAUGGACUCCAGAACUUCACCAUAGAUUUGUUGAUGCAGUAUCUCAGCUUGGAGGUGCUGAGAAGGCCACACCGAAAUCAUUGAUGAGAAAAAUGAACAUUCAGGGGAUUACUCUUUACCACCUCAAGAGCCAUUUGCAGAAAUUUCGACUUGGGAAAGGACAGAAUCCUCAGCCACACCAAGAUAGCAAGCAAGAAGGUAAGCAUGUGCUUUUUUUGUUGGUGCUACUUCCCACCCAACUAGUAUAGAGUCACUCACAGCUCACUGGCCUUAAUUCCAAGAAAUUAGCUUAUGGUGUUAAUUAAGUUAAGAUCUAAUGCCAAAUGUACUACCUCGACUAUACGCUGUUGCUUAAUCUGGCCCUCAGCAAUUUAUUUUAUUAAACUAUGGAUCCAAUUUUGCCCUCAUUCAUAUUUAGUUCUGUAAAAUAUAAGAUUGUAUUCAAUAUACUUCAUAUGAAAUCCUAUACAAGAAGCUAUAUUUAUAGCUAUAUUUAGAGUCCUAGGGUUUCCUAUACAAGAUAUACAAAAUGGGCUAAGCCCAAUACUACUAGGGUUUCCACACUCCCCCUCAAGCUGGAGCAUAUAAAUCAUAUGUACCAAGCUUGUUACAAAUAUAUUCCACUCUAGGACCUCUAAGAGACUUAGUUAAAAUAUCUGCAAGUUGUCCAGUUGUGUUCACAUAUUUUGUGAUGAUAUGUCCACUGGUGAUCUUCUCUCGGAUAAAAUGACAAUCAACUUCAAUAUGUUUUGUCCUCUCAUGAUAUACCGGAUUUGAUGCGAUGUGCAUUGCAGCUUGAUUAUCACACAUGAGUUGAGCUGGUUUUGUGUUUCCAUAUUUUAACUCUUGGAGGAGAUGCUUCAACCAUAAGAUUUCACAGGUAACAAGGGCCAUUGCACGAUAUUCUGCUUCAGCACUAGAUCUGGCAACCACAUCUUGUUUCUUACUUUUCCAUGAAAUUAAGUUUCCACCAAUCAAGAUGCAAUAUCCCGAAGUGGAACGUCUAUCCAUCGGACAUCCGGCCCAGUCUGCAUCACAGUAUCCCACAAUAUCACGGUGGCCUCGAUCUUCAAACAACAAUCCUUGUCCUGGAGUUUUCUUGAUGUAUCUCAAAACUCGAAUAGCUGCAUCCCAAUGUCCAGUACAUGGCUUAUCAAGAAACUGGCUAAGAACACUUACCGCAAAUGAAAUAUCUGGUCUCGUGAUGGUAAGAUAAUUCAAUUUUCCGAUGAGUCUUCUAUAUUUUUCCUUGUUGGGCAAAAGAUCUCCCUGUUCUGAUACGAGUUUAACGUUCGGAUCCAUUGGUGUAUCCACUGGCCUGCAAUCUAGCAAACCUGUUUCCUCAAGAAUAUCCAAGGCAUACUUUCUUUGUGAGAGAGCAAUUCCAUCUUGAGACUGUGCAACCUCAAUGCCAAGGAAGUAUCUCAACUUUCCCAAGUCUUUUGUUUGAAAUUUGCUAAACAGAUGUUGCUUGAGGAGAGCAAUUCCUUGAUCAUCGCUACCUGUAAUGACAAUGUCAUCAACAUACACAACAAGAUAAAUACAUUUGUUGCCAGCAGAAUGUCUGUAGAAUAUAGAAUGAUCAACAUCACUGCGAAUCAUGCCAAAGCUGCAAACAACGGCACUGAACCUCCCAAACCAUGCACGUGGAGAUUGCUUCAAGCCAUAUAAUGAACGACGUAAUCUGCACACCAUACCAGACUCCCCCUGAGCAACAAAUCCAGGUGGUUGCUCCAUAUAAACUUCCUCGUGCAGAUCUCCGUGAAGGAAUGCGUUUUUAAUAUCCAAUUGGAACAAUGGCCAGCGGCUCAUUGCUGCCAUGGAUAAAACCAAACGAACUGAUGCAAUCUUCGCUACAGGAGAAAAAGUGUCAGUGUAAUCCAAGCCAUAUAUCUGAGUAUACCCUUUCGCCACAAGGCGUGCUUUAAAACGAUCAAUCUCCCCAUCAGGCCCAACCUUAACCGUGUAAAUCCACCGACAUCCCACCACUGAUUUGCCAGUGGGAAGGGGGACUAAGUCCCAUGUCCCACUAGAAUGAAGAGCCUCCAUCUCAGCCAACAUGGCUUUACGCCACUCUGGGUGUGUCAGUGCCUCAUGUGUGGUUUUAGGAAUGCAUAUAUGAGAUAGGUGGGAAAUAAAGGCAUAGUAAGGGGUAGAGAGGCGGUGAUAACUCAAAAAGUUAUAUAUGGGAUGUGGAUUCAAUGUGGAACGCGUACCUUUUCGGAGAGCAAUUGGCAAAUUAUCCUGAGUGGUGUCAAGUGCUGGAGUAGGUGAUGGUGGUGAUGCAGGAUCCGUCAUAGGGGAAUCAACGGGCGUGGCCAUGAUGGGCUCAAUGGGAGGAGGUCGAGGACGUCGAUGGUAUACCUGUAAUGGACGAUCUGACAUAGGAGGGCAGUUUGGGUGCUCAUCAGAUGGGGGGUUAAUGGGAGGCUCCUGAUGGAUGGGCCGAAGAUAUGAGGUGAAGUCCAAACAUGAUGGGGUAUUAACUGAAGAUAAUGGAUAAUAAAAGGACGACUCAAUGAAAGUGACAUCAGCUGAAAUAAAAUGUUUCUUAAGUAAUGGAGAAUAACAACGAUACCCCUUUUGGAGUCGUGAAUAUCCAAGAAAGAUACAUUUUAUUGACCUAGCCGCCAUUUUAGCUAAUCCCGGUGUCGUAUCAUGGACAAAACACACACACCCAAACACAUGAGGUGGUAAUGGAAAUAAAUCACGAGCAGGAAACAAAAUAGAAUAAGGAAUUUCAUUAUUAAGAACUGAGGAAGGCAUUCUAUUUAUUAAAUGACACGCAGUGAGUACAGCAUCUGCCCAAUACUGAGGUGGUGUAUGGGAAUGUAAUAAUAGGGUACGAGCAGUAUCAACCAAGUGCCGGUUCUUGCGUUCAGCAACCCCAUUUUGUUGAGGCGUGUGAACACAAGAAGAUUGGUGAAGCAUACCCCGUGAUGUCAUGAAUUGAUUAAAGGAUGCCCCAAAAAAUUCUUUAGCAUUGUCACUGCGUAAAAUUUUGAUAGAAUGACCAAACUGAGUUUGAAUUUCAGCACAAAAAGUUUGAAAAAUAUGAAACAAUUCAAAACGCUCUUUCAUUAAAAACAACCAUGUGUAACGGGAAAAAUCAUCCACAAAAAUAACAAAAUAACGGAAACCUAAAGUAGAAGUGACUCGAUACGGACCCCAUACAUCUGUAUGAACUAAAUCAAACGGUGAUGUAGCCCGGUUAUUGACUCUCCUUGGAAAGGAUUUACGAGGUUGUUUUCCAAGGUGACAUGACUCACAUUCUAAAGAUGAAAGAUUGGAGAAACCUGGAACCAUACGUUGAAACUUUGAGAGACUAGGAUGACCCAGACGAUUAUGUAAGGUAAUAGCAGGUUCAACUGAAACACAAGCGAUUGGAUCAAGAGGAUGGAGGUGAUACAGACCUUGAGAUUCAUGGCCGACGCCAAUUGUUUUCCCCGUACAACGGUCCUGCACAAUCACAGAAUCAGCAGAAAAUGUUACGGAACAAUUAAGAGCACGUGUAAUUUUACUGACAGAGACAAGGUUAAAAGGGGUGUUUGGGACAUAUAAGACUGAGUCUAAUGGUAAGGAUGAAAGUGGAAGCGCUUGCCCAAUACCCGAAGCCGAAGUUUGAAGGCCAUUAGCAAGAGUAAUCAAAGGAAGAUGUCGGUGCUUGGUAAUAUGGGAUAAAAGAUUGGGAUUACCAGAAAUAUGGUCCGAGGCACCUGAGUCAAUUAUCCAUGAGCCUGCUGUGUUUGAAACGCAAGCGGUAGACAUCCCCGUUGUAGAUAAUGGCAUAGUAGUCAACUUAAAUUGCUGAUAUGCUGCAUAUUCUUCUGGAGACAGAACAAUGGGAGAUGGUGGGAUCUGAGCAACGGUGACUGGGGUAGGAGGUCUCCCAUGUAAUUUCCAACACCUGUCUUUAGUAUGACCAAUUUUAUGACAAAAAUCACAUUUAGGACGGUUCCGUCUUGAGAAUCCGGUGUUGUUUCCUCCGUCAGAAUUCAUAAAAGACAGCUUGUUUUUUUUUCCUUUUUUCUUUUUUUUUCUGUUUUUUUUUUUUUUUCUUUUCUGUCUUUUUUUUUUUUUUUGUUUUUUUUGUUUUGUUUUUUUUUUUUUUUUUUUUUUUUUUUUUGUUUUUUUUUUUUUUUUUUUUAAAGAGCAGCAAAAAAUAAAAUAUUUAAAGUAGUGCAACUGCAAUUGAAGUGAAGCAGCCGUAAGGUUGAAGGCAUCAGGUUGAAGCACUGUAGCUACACAAGGAUGAAGGAAAACAGACCUCUAUCAUCUUUGGGAGGUGCGGACGACGGCGAAGGGAGACUGCAGGGCGGCGGCGGCGAGCGUACGACGCAGGGAGACGGCGGUCGGCGGCGAGCGUACGAUGCAGGGAGACGGCGGUCGACGGCGGCGGCGCGGUCGACGGCGGCGGCGCGUUUGACGGUGGCGGCGCGUGAAGCGGUCGACGGCGGCGAGUUUUACGUCGUUCUGGUCGCCGGAAACUCAGGAUCUUCCGCUGGUUGGAGGUGUCAACGCCAGAUAAGCAGAAAGAGAGAGAUCUGCAAAAAUGAAAAACUGCAGAAGUAUGCUUCAGCGGCACGCGGUGGCGCGUGGAUGAUGCGGCGCAGGUGAUUCCUCCGGCGGUAAGUCACGAUGUACCUUUGAGCACGGCGGUAGGUUGAUAUCACUACCGAAAGCACUCAAUUGAAAGUGACGACACUGUUCACGCCGGAAUUCUGACCGGAAAUUACACCAGCAGAAAAAAAAAUCAUAAACACUACACUAAUAUUGCCACACUGGCUCUGAUACCAUGUAAAAUAUAAGAUUGUAUUCAAUAUACUUCAUAUGAAAUCCUAUACAAGAAGCUAUAUUUAUAGCUAUAUUUAGAGUCCUAGGGUUUCCUAUACAAGAUAUACAAAAUGGGCUAAGCCCAAUACUACUAGGGUUUCCACAAGUUCUAAAUGAGAAGAGAAUUUCGGUAUGCUCACUGAAUUUAGUCCCGAUUCCCGACUCAAUUGGCCUCAACUAUGUAAGUAUAACCAAACUUAAUCCUCAUUGUAUGAAAGUAUCCUUCUCAAUUAGAUCAAAACACGGAUGUAGAUAAAGUUGAGUCUAAAUUCCAUGUCGAGAACCAAAUUAAGCCUAAAAGAUAAGUACCAAAUUUGGCAAUAUUGCAUAGGCUAGGAACCAAAUCAGGUAUUAACACACUACUUUUUCCCACUUACAAAAUGACACAGCAAAACUGAGGACUUUGGUGCUUGCAGAUUACAUAGAACAUCAGAGUCAAUCACCUGCAGACAACAGUGAUGAAGCCCAGGGUCAGAUGAAUGACACCGAAACAGCUCAGGCUUUGCGAAUCCAAAUGGAGGUGCAUAGGAAACUGCAGGAACAAAUCGAGGUGCAAAGACAUAUCCACCAGAGAAUUGAAGCCCAGGGGAAGUAUCUCCAGUCUGUUAUAAAGAUGGCACACGAGACACUUUCUGGAUGUGGUUCUUCUGUAGAAGUGGAGCUUGCAAAAGCUGAAAUAUCUAAAUUGAAGUUAAUGGUUGAUAUGGAGUGCUUUAGCUGUUCAUCUUCAGGGUUGACCGAAAAAGAAUGUUCAGUAAGAAAAGACACAGAAUGUUUAGGAAGGAUGGGAUAUGAGCCAGAAGCGAUGGAAGAAGCUGGGAAGCAGGUGCCUGAAAAUUCUUCUGUGGAACUUCCAUUGAUGGAAAUGCAUCCUUCCUUUGGAAAUAGAUUAAAUGGUUACACAAGUGGAAGAAAAAGAAGCCAGUGCACCAGUUCUGAUAAUAACUGUAAUGAGAAACCAUGUGACCUAAUCUUCAAAGCCAACACAUAUGACCAAAAUUUAAAAACAAUUGGAUUCUUGAAGAAUCCGGACUUGAAUAAGAAGUGCCUUAGAGACUUUGAUAGCUGCCACCCAAAAGAUAUUGACUUGAACUGCAAUGUUCUGGAAAGGUUUAAUGGGUACAUAUAGACAUACAGUUUGAGUGUAAAUUAACGGUUAAAGAUCUUUUAUCCUUGAAGAACUAACUGUGAACCAACCAUACACAAUAUGUCAUCCAUGAAGAAAUAUGGAAAGAUUAAAUUUUUACUUCUAAUUCUUCACAAUAAACCUCUUUAAGUAUGUAACUAUAACUCUAUACAUAUGUGGAACUUACAACGACAAAAAUUCUUAUUAUGACUCCAUUUCAUCAUCAAGUGAAGCUGAUGUGGAAGCAAUAGGCUGUUCAGUUGUCUCCGCAUUUCCUCUAUUACCAUUGCUCCCAAAUGAAAAGCUCAGCCAAAUCUCUCUCCUCUGCCCGUUAGAAACCUUCUUGUUCAGAUCAUCACCAUUUUCAGUGGGCAAUUUGUACCUACAAACAGGGCAAGACCCAUGAAUCCCCAGCCACUUCUCAAUACACUUCUGGUGGAACCUAUGCUUACAAGGCAUUUCUUUAGCAAAUCCAGCCAAACCCCACUCUUCCAAGCACACUACACACUCACUGUUCUUUUCAUCACCACCAAUCUCCACUCCUGGCAAUGAUUCAAUGGAGGAUUUUGAAGCUGGUAGCUGGCCUCCUUUGCUAAGUAGGUCUUGCAGAAGAGAAUCCAAGUUAGAUGAAGAUGAGCUGCCACCAGGUUCUAUGACGACCAUGCCUUGGGUCACAGGGUUCACGAGCACGAUUCGGUCAAGUGAGUCAUGCGCGAUGGGAGACUCACUAUUUACCUGGUCUGGGUCCGAGGAAUCUUGAAGUGGGGUUGGGUUUAUGAGGCUAAAAUGGAAGGGCGGGAACUGCUGAGAAAGGUCUCUAUUUCCUGAGAUGGGGUGUAGCGUAUCAAAGUCCAUUAUUGGGGUUUCUGCUACCAGGAUAGAGACUAUGAAGUGAAGCUUUGUGUGUAAAUGGGAGGGGGGUGGGGACUGUUAUGGAGAAGAUGAAUUUAGAUGAUGAUAGAUAUAGGACACCGGAAUAUUUAGAAGAGUGGAAGGAUGGAACUAUGUGCG